CCUAUCGAUACUUCGCAGCCGAAACGUAUGUCAUCAAUUUCAGCUGAAAUCUCAACAAGUUUCGGGUUCUAUUUUAAUUAAAGGCGGACGCGUCGCGGUUUUAUUCGGCAUUGUUAUUAGCAAAAUUCAAGUUGCAGUGCGUGGAAAAAAUAUACUUAUUUAUUUAUUUAUUGCGACAUCCGUGCGGGCAGACACACACAUACGCGCGAGGCAGAUGUGCGACGUGCAUACGUAUAUAGAGCAGUCACACACAUCAGCACAAAGUGCGGAUGUUCUGAUUUUAUGCAAGAAACUGAGUUUAUUUUUAAAAUAAAAUAAGAAUAUCCGAAUAGCCAAAAAUAUAAUAAAGAAAGAGCGUCUGUAAACGCAGAAAAGGGACUCGGCGAAAACGAAAGGGAACGACAAAGGCGAACGACGAACAAAAUAACGGGAACAUCGUCGGCAGCGGUAAUAAUAAAAAAAAAAAAAAAAGGAAAAAUAAAAAUAAAACGACAUCUGACGUGCAGCGUCAAGUGCUUUUCCCCAGAUCUCGCAUGCGUUUAACUUGAAAAUCAUUGGCAGAGCAGAAAUCGAACGCCAACAGAGAAUAGCGAUACACCGGCAUUUCCCAUGGACGACGAACUCGAAGACAAGGUGUUCUAUCAGACAUACGUAUCGCACAUGAAAAUCCUGUCCAAGUUUGCGGUGGGCUUCUCGUCCAUCAACUCCCCCUUGGCGUACAUAUGGAAGCUGUGCCGCCUGUAUGUCCUGCGCCCAGAAGUCAUCUUCUGUGGCAUGAUCCUAUUUGUCCUGUUGCUCUAUUUGCAAGCGGUAGAUGUGUGGAGUCGCAGCAUUCUAGGACGCAUACAGGCCACACUUGGACGCCAGAAGGCGGUAAAGAUGAUGGAGAUGUCUGCUAGUGCAGGAGACCACCAGAGCUGGGAGGAGCUGAAGCAGCAGAGCUCUGCUUUCGCGGUCCUGGGACGCAGGCCCAGGAUGGAGGAUAGGUUUAUCAUCGAGGAGAACAUUAACAACAACACAGGCAUUUCCUUCUUUGCUGUCUUCGACGGUCACGGCGGGGAGUUUGCCGCGGACUUUGCCAAGGAUGUGCUGGUGAAGAACAUCUACAACAAAAUCAUCGAGACGACUAAGCUGCUGAAGACCGAAGGAGUUUCCAGCGAUUACGAUAAGAGUCCCUACUUGGCUCGCAAACAGAGCCGCAAGGAGUCAAACAAAGAGAACACAGAACCCACUGCAGCAGUGGCACGAAAGGACAGUUUGAGAAAGUCCAUCAGCACCACGGCGGAUUGCAGUGCCAUCAAACAAAAGACAACUGAGGCAUCAAUCGCCGAUAUUUACACGGCCCAGUUGAACUCGGCGAUGAGGGCAAGUGGAAAUGUGGGAGCCGCCAAGGACACGUUCCUCAAUAAUAAUAACAACGCCCAAAAUGGUGGGGCAGGCAAUGCGCCACCUCCGAACUACGAAGCCAAGUGCUACAUUGAAAACGGACGCAUCAACUUUGGCAAACUGAUCACGGACGAGAUCAUGACGGCCGACUAUAAAUUGGUGGAGCAGGCCAAAAGAGCGACCAAUAUUGCGGGCACCACCGCCCUGAUAGCCAUUGUCCAAGGAUCCAAGCUGAUUGUGGCCAAUGUGGGCGAUUCCCGCGGCGUCAUGUACGAUUUCCGUGGCAUUGCCAUUCCCCUUUCCUUCGAUCACAAGCCGCAGCAGGUGCGGGAACGAAAGAGGAUCCACGAUGCAGGCGGUUUCAUUGCCUUUCGAGGCGUUUGGCGCGUGGCCGGGGUGUUGGCCACGUCACGUGCUCUCGGCGAUUAUCCGCUAAAAGAUAAGAAUCUGGUGAUUGCUACGCCGGACAUUUUGACCUUCGAACUGAAUGAUCACAAGCCCCAUUUUCUGAUAUUGGCCUCUGAUGGUCUCUGGGACACAUUCAGCAAUGAGGAGGCCUGCACUUUUGUGCAGGAGCAUCUGAAGGAGUCCGAUUUUGGAGCCAAAUCGCUGGCCAUGGAGUCCUACAAACGUGGUUCCGUGGACAAUAUCACCGUACUGGUGAUAGUCUUCAAGAACGACGUCUAUAAGAUUGGCAGCUCAGCGGGAAAAGCGGGAGAUGAAUCGCUAAAAGUCCCAGCCAAAUCUCAACCAGUUGCGCCUGCAGUCGUGCAACGUUCGAAUUCAAUCAAAACCAAAUGAGAUACGAACCACAAGAGUGCCUACUAAGAAAUGCUCUUCAGCUUUUCCCCCGAAAAUUUUCCUCCUCCCAAAGAAAAAACAAACAAAAGUGCCCAAAAUUUCUAGUUAGGCGUUUUGCUAAAUACUUUUGUCUUUCUGUUACUUAUCCAAAGGCAACGUUCAUUCAUCCCAGACACACAUGCAUACAUCACUUGGAAUGGCGUUUCUCAUCUGUCUAGAUAUUAAUUAAGGUUGUUUGUUAGCCCAUGUUGUUUUGUAGAACAAAUAUUUUUGCAUACGCCGCCACAUUGCCGUGCACUUUGUUUUUCCAAAUCGCACCCGAACAUCAUCACAGUCAUUGACACAGUCAAGGAAACAUCAUCAAACGUAACUAUUUAUUUAAUUUAUUUGUUAUACUUGUAAAAUAAAAACAUUUUCUUACUUAUCAAAAUGUUUUUGCAAAUAAAACAAGGCAUUCGGAAUGCGAAGAUUUCGUUUUGCUACUUAAAUCCUUUAA